AUGGUUGCCAUCAAGAACAUUGCCUUUUUCUCUGCCGUUGCUGCUAUUGCUUCAGCUGCUCCUACUGCUGCUGCUUCCAAUGAAGUUGCUCGUCGCUCAGAACUUUCUGCCGCUGAGAUUCUUGCUCCUUACGCUGAAAUUAACAAGCGUUCCAAUGUUGAUCUUUCUGCUGUUGCUACUCUUUUGGCCAAUGUUGGUACAUUCCUUCAGGAGACUUUGACCAACGUUCUUUCUGGAAACCUCUCCCUUGAGCCUACUUCUCUUGCUACUUUUUUGGCCCAGGUCAACUCCGUUCUUCUUGAGCUUGAGAACAACCUUAAGAGCACUGAUCUUACUUCUGGUGUCGGUUCUCUUGUUCAAAAUCUUCUUAUUAAGACUGGUCUUCAGACACUUGUUCUGAACCUCUCUGUUAUCAUUUCCAACCUUGUCUCUAGACUUCUUACCGGAAAGGACAUUGAUUCAUCAGUUAAGGCUCAGUUCACUGCUAUUCUUUCUACUAUCACUUCUCUUCAGACUACUCUUAAGUCUGAUGGUCUUAGCUCUGGUGUUGAUGGCCUCCUUAGCAAUAUCAUUGGCGACCUUAACAAGAUUCUUUAA